AAGUGCACCGGUGGCACCCAUAUUUAUUUCUUACAACUAAACUAAAUUAAACUGAAGCUAGCUAAACUAAACUAAAAAUACGAGCUGUCUGACGUUGACGCUGAGCGUAACCGUGUUUAACAUUGGUCAGUGUUGUUUGUAUACUUUAGCCAUCGUCGACCGUAUGGAGCGUUCGUGUCAAACACGCCACCAAUACCCAGCCGAGGGAGCCUCGACUCUUUUUGCAGUGGUCAUGCGCGGACUCUGACUGCCUGUGUACGUCUUCGGUGCGACUUGCAUCCUCGGAGCUAUCGUCUUUCUUGCUACGGACGUCGACCGUGGAGUCAGCAUAGAUGCGGGCGACAUCGCCGGCUUUCGUUUCCGAGAUGCUGCAGCGCAAGCUGGCGGACUGCAAGCACACGCGUUGACCGGAUGCCUCGCCAUGCAUCGAAAGUCGCUCCUGUUUGUACUUGUGGUCGGAGCGUCCAUGGAAGUUGCGCUGGGCGCGACCACGGCCCUGGCAGCGGUGUUCAACUCGGCCGGUGUUCGGGGCAGCGUUGACGUGGAGCCUUUGGCAGCCGCGGCGCACGGCGUCUCGGUGCGCGCCUCGCUGGUGGGCGGCCAACCGCGCGAGACCUUCCGCUGGGCGGUGCACCGGCUGCCGCCCAGGCACGACUCCUCCGCACCGUGCGCCAACGACUGGAUCGGCGAGCCGAUCCAGGACCUGACCGGUGAGUUCGGCCAACUAACCUCGGAACAGGAGACGCGUCUCGCGACCAAGACGCCACUUCCUGUGGAGCCCCGACAAUGGGCAGGCCGCGCCCUGGUGCUACACAGCGUCCAGACGGGCCGCACGGCGUGCGCCGCGCUGCAGCCGCCGGGCGCUCCGGUCACUACGUACGCCGCUCGGUUCACGGGGCCUCCCGUGGCCGGUACGCUCUUUGUGCGACGGUGGCCCAGUUUCGGCACCGUCUACGCCGAGCUGCACUGGACCAACGGAACGCGCCGUGACGCCCAGGUGCGGUGGUCCAUUCAUACAAGGAAGCAGGACCAGCCGACACGUCUUCAGCAGCCGCCUCCCGGAGCUCCAACAGCAGACCUCACGCACGUAACGCCUCCAAACGUCCCUAAGCCGCCUACGGUAGAGCCCUGUUACACGCCGCCAGACUCCUGUUCCCAGGUCAGCGUGGGCAAGCGGCCGGGAAAUGUGGGAACGAGGACGUACCACGUUCUAGAGGGCGUUCCUCCUGCUCUCGAUACAUGCGGCGGAGGCGACAGUGCGUCGGGGAGUCAACUGGUGGCAACCCUGGUGGACGUGGCAACGGCGCAGCCAAUGGCCGCGGCAGUGCUGCACGAGUGGAGGUCGCGGCACGCAGUGGCCGACUUGGGAGUGCGCCACGGAAAGCUCAUCUUCCACCAGCCGUCACCGUUCGAGCCGACGCUGUCCAUCGUACAGUUGGAGAAUCUUGACUACGUCGCGUCAAAGCUGCUCAUUGGACCAAUUUCCAUUGGCACCGCAGACAAACAGUGUCCGGGACCGGCUGCGCCCUACAACCCGGCCAAGGUCGAGCACACGGCCAGUCCACCGGAGGGCCACGGCACGACCGACCAGUUCCCCGUGGGCGACCUGAGCGGCAAGUACGGUCCGGUGGCGGGACACCGUGCCGUCUACUGGCACCUGCUCGACCCGACGCUGCCUCUGUCGGGGCACGAGAGCGUCGUGGGCCGCAUGCUGCUUGUGCGCGGUUCGGACGGCCGACCCCUGGUGUGCGCCAACCUGCUGCCGGUGUCCGCCAGGCCCCUGCUGCGAGUACGGGCCACGCUUGAAGGGCCACUCAGGGGAUCUAUCACCAUCACGCGCGCCGACCACGCCGAGGACCCGCUGGGCGACGCGUACGUGGACCUGGGACUGUGUUGGCAGGAUGGCCGCAACGGCAGCGUGGACCACAAUUGGCACUUGCACUCCGUACCGCUGGCGUCGGGCUCGUUCGACUGCGCAGCCACCAAGGGUCACUACAACCCGCACCGCGUGGACACGGGACCAGCGUACGGCUGCGAGUGCACGACCCACGCACCGCUACGGUGUGAGGCGGGUGACUUAGCCGGCCGACAGGGCGUCGUCUCCAUACCGGACUGUCGCACGGGACUGGCCAGGUACCACUUUGCAGACUCGCACGUGGCACUGUCUGGCCCAACGAGCGUCAUUGGGCUUCCAGUUGUAUUUCAUGAGUCACACUUCAGGAUGCCUCGUGUUGCCUGUGCAAACCUUAAGCCCCUAUAGAAUGUUUUGCUAUAAAGCUUGCUAUAGAAAAGAAAGAUUGCAUUAAAUAGCUUCAAAGCACCACAUAUAAUGAAACAUUCAAGUGUCCCACUUCUAAAGGGUAUUUAGAGGUAUACCAGACCAAUGGUCAAGAAAUGUCAUGAACUUUGCAGCAGCAAGUUCCCGUCUACAUUCGUGCUAAGCCCUUUGCACUUCUUAAUAGUUCUUCAAUCAUUCCAUAAAGCACAGACAGUUUCCAAAAAGAUACCUCAGAGUACCAGCAGCUUUCACUACCAAUGCUUUUUCACAAUUUUUCUUAUAUAAUGUAGCUGAUUCCGUAUAGCACGCCAGUCUAGAAGCCGGUCAGAGCCGACAACUUUGCUCCUGCUCUCGAUUGGUAGAAAAAGAUCGGCUUCCACUUUCCCCUUGCAAUCAUCUCUUUUAUCACAGUAAAACAUGCCACUUCAGCAUUGCCUGACUCCUGUCAUGUUUCAAUGGCGUCGUUAAUGACGAAUGUCGAUGCUAUGAGGAUAGCAUUAUCUCUGGCUCUCACCUGCAUGCUCAUGUCUACAAACAAGUUGAAACUGUACUACCAGCACAGAAGUCGUGCUGAUGGUCCUGGACACAACCCUAGCAACCUUGAAGUGGACUAGACGCAGUUACAACGCUUCUCACAUGCCAUUAUUUUGGUCAAAACAAAACUACAACAAUUGGUGUACAAUGUCUGCCUAACAUUGCCCUAUAUAAAAAGCGUGCUAGGAAUCACUCAUAUGCAUGAAAGUAGCCUACAGCUAUUUUACUGGAUUGAAAAAUAUUAUCAAAUGACUUCUCAACGACUGUUGCAUAACAAGUUACUUCGCGCUUCACAUUAAACAGAUAGAUAGGAGGCCCACUAAUGUGCAUACUGCUAUACUAGGAAAUUGCUGAGUGCUGUAUGUUGCUUAGGUAAGAGAAGCAGAC